UAAAGCCUUGAUUAUAUUGCAUACACAUACAACAAAACCACACAUUUUAAUUUCUUCAUCAUAUUAUGGCGGCGGUUCAUUGCAAGAUUGGUAUAAUCGGAGCCGGGAUAAGCGGUUUAGCGGCAGCUAAGCAGCUCUCCGGCCACGAACCGGUGGUUUUCGAAGCCACCGACUGUAUCGGAGGGGUGUGGAAGAACUGCUCUUUCCGCUCCACUAAGCUGCAGACCCCUCGCUGCGAUUACGAGUUCUCGGAUUUUCCUUGGACCCAAAGGGAUAACUCCAGUUUCCCGACCUACCAAGAAAUUCUCGACUACUUGCAUUCCUAUGCUACUCACUUUGACAUCUUGAAAUUUGUCAAGUUCAACUCUAAGGUCGUGGAAACCCGAUUCGUCGGCCACCGCGAAGCCGCCAACUUCGGUGGUGACAAAGGAGAAUAUGGAAGCAUGUUGCCCGGCCAUCCGGUUUGGGAAGUUGCUGUCCAGACCAACCAAUCUGAAACCAUACAGUGGUAUACUUUUGAGUGCUUGGUGGUGUGCACUGGAAAAUAUGGUGAUGUGGCAAACAUACCAAGUUUCCCACGCAACAAAGGGCCUGAAGUGUUUAAAGGAAAAGUAUUGCAUACACUUGAUUACUGUAAGCUAAACAAGGAGGAAUCUACAGAGCUUCUCAAAGGGAAGAAAACUGUAGUGUUUGGGUACAAGAAAUCCGCCAUUGAUCUUGCUGUUGAAUGUGCAGAAGCUAACCAAGGAACUGAUGGGCAAGCAUGCACUAUGGUGAUAAGGACCCUGCAUUGGACUGUUCCACACUACUCCGUUUGGGGUUUGCCAUUUUACUUGUUCUUUUCAACCAGGUCUUCCCAGUUCCUGUAUGAACGACCCAAACAAGGCCUUGCUAGGACCCUUCUCUGCCAUCUCCUCUCUCCUUUGAGAUGGGGAGUUUCUAAGACUAUUGAGUCGUACCUGUCAUGGAAGCUGCCACUUGACAAGUACGGUUUGAGACCAGACCACCCCUUCGUGGAAGACUAUGCAUCUUGUCAGAUGGCAAUCUUGCCGGAAAAUUUCUUCCAGGAGGCUGAAAACGGGAAGAUCCAGUUCAAAAGAGCCGCCUCAAGGUGGUGGUUCUGGGAAGGCGGGGUUGAAUUUGAAGACGGCACACGCCUGGAAGCCGACGUCGUGAUUCUCGCCACCGGUUUCGACGGCAAGAAGAAACUCAAAACUAUACUCCCAGACCCCUUUCGCAGCCUCCUCGAAUUCCCCUCCUCCGGCGUGAUGCCCUUAUACAGGGGGACCAUUAAUCCUCUGAUUCCCAACAUGGCGUUCGUGGGGUUCAUCGAGAGCGUCUCGAAUCUGCACACGGCGGAGAUUCGCUGCAAGUGGCUGUCGCGCCUGGUGGACGGCCACUUCAAGCUUCCGAGGGUGGAGAAGAUGGUGGAGCAAACAAAAGAAGAAGUUGAAAUCAUGAAGAGAAGUACGAGGUUUUACAAGAGGAGUUGCAUUUCCACCUUUAGCAUUAACCACAGCGAUGAAAUCUGUGAAGAAAUGGGGUGGGAAUCAUGGCGGAAGAAGACAUGGUUGUCUGAAGCUUUUAGCCCCUACAACAGCCAAGAUUAUACAGAGGAAGACAACUAAUAUUGAUAUAUAAUUAUAUAUCAUAUCAUGCACUUUUAAUUUGGUCAACUAUAAACUGCUACAUAAGUACACAUUAUUUAUACUAAAAUUAUAUAGGAAUUGAAGGAGAGGUAUCAUGUAUCGUUUAAUAAAGUGUGUAAUUAACAAUUUUAGAUUUAAAGAUUUGUAGUUGGUCAAUAAUUGUAUUUUAUUAUUUUUGUUGUUAUUAAUUCAUGUAUUAUUGGUCA